CCUCCUAUUCUCCUUCCCUCCCUCAUUCCUUUUCUCUUCUCCCUUACUCCUUCUCUCUCUGCUUUCGUCCCUCCUCCCUCUCCUCCCUCCCAGCUUUGCCGAGGCACAGCCCAGCACCUCACUGGGUGGCUAUUCCGGUCUCUUUCCAUUCCAGUGUUCCCAUCAUCAACCUGAGUGACUGCAGGUACGAGAGCGUGCGGCGGGCAGCACAGAGCUGUGGGCUGAAAGAGGCAGGAGAAAAUGAGGAGUGGACAGUGUAUUGGACGGACAACUCGGUCUCUCUGGAGCGCGUCAUGGAAAUGAAGCGGUUCCAGAAAAUCAACCAUUUCCCUGGGAUGAUCGAGAUCUGCCGUAAGGACUUGUUGGCUCGCAACCUUAACCGCAUGCUCAGGCUCUUCCCCACGGAGUACAAUAUCUUUCCGCGUACUUGGUGCCUGCCAGCUGACUACGGAGAUUUCCUGGCCUACAGACGCACCAGAAAAAGCAGAACAUUCAUCUGCAAGCCAGACAGCGGCUGCCAGGGGAGAGGCAUCUUCAUCACACGUAACACGGAGGAGAUCAAAUACGGGGAGCGGAUGAUCUGCCAGCAGUACAUCUCCAAGCCUUUCCUCAUUGAUGGCUUCAAAUUUGACAUGCGGGUCUACGUGCUGGUCACGUCUUGUGACCCACUAAGGAUCUUUGUCUACAAGGAGGGUCUGGCCCGGUUUGCUACCAUGAGGUACAUCGAUCCCAGGAGCAGAAACCUGGGCGAUAUCUGCAUGCAUUUGACCAAUUAUGCUAUCAACAAACACAAUGAAAACUUCAUCCAGGACGACAUGACGGGCAGCAAGAGGAAACUGUCCACCUUGAAUGCCUGGAUGAAGGAUAAUAGCUACAACACAACAAAACUCUGGGAAGACAUUGACGACAUCAUCAUAAAGACUCUUAUUUCAGCUCACCCUGUUGUGAAGCACAACUACCAGAGCUGCUUUCCGAACCACACCACCAUCUGUGCCUGCUUUGAGAUACUGGGCUUCGAUAUUUUGCUAGACAGACAGUUGAAGCCGUGGCUGCUAGAGGUGAACCACUCACCCAGCUUCACCACAGACUCUCGCCUAGACUGUGAGGUGAAGGAUGCUCUUCUCUGUGACACCAUCAACCUGAUAAAUGUGCAUGCCUGUGACAAACGGAAGGUGCAGGAAGAGGACAAACAGCAGGCAAGGGAACGGCUCCUCCAGCCCCCUCGGACUCUCCGUGCCUCCAGGCGCGAGUUGUUAGAGAGCAGCCAGGCUACCUGGCUGUCUCAGGCAGAGCAGUACGAGGACUCACACCUGGGCGGUUACCGGCGCAUUUAUCCAGCCUGCGGAACGGACAAGUAUGAGCCAUUUUUCAAGCAGAGUGGCUCCCUCUUCCAGGAAACAGUGUCAUCCAGAGCACGAGAGGAGUGUGCCAGGCUGCAACUGAAGGAAAUUCGCCUGAAGGAAGAAAAAUUUGAAGCUGUUACCAGGAAGAAGAAAAUGUCGAGGAAAGACCUGCACGGAGAGUCAGCUGGAGACGAAUCCCAGAUCCAUAACAAAACCAAAGCUCCUACAAGCCGCCUCACCAGGCUGUGGGACAGAAAGCUCAUACAGCACGACUCCAUGCAGCCCCAGGACAUUGUGGAACACGAGGAGAAGAAAAGAAUAGAUGCUCUUCUGAGGCGUGAGAACCUUAUCAGGCACCUGGGCAUCGCAGACCAGCUCUCCCGGCUGCUCCCCACAACCAGCAGACCAGCUGACACCCGGAGACCCUACGCCAUUAUCCCCAGCAGCCAGCUGCAGUUUCUCUGGGAUGCACUCGGGGGCCGAGACACCCACCACUUAGUGAUGCUCACUCCCAUCUCGCUACUGGGAGCCCCAGUCCGGCCUUCGGGAGAGCAGUUUGGAUGCAGCCCCAGUGUCAACGCCGUGCCACCAGCCAGCCUGGGCGCGGAUCCUGCUGCCGUGGGCACUCUCUGUGUUCAAGGCCAGAGCAUCCGUUGCCACGAGCGGCAGAAGGUGCAGCAGGGCCUCCAGGCACAGGUCAGGCGCUGGCUGUGGAACCAGGAGGCAGGGCCAGCAGCGGUUACCCAGCCCCACGCUGAACCCAUGGAGCUGCUCAAGAGAGACAAGGGUGAAAAGUGGGAAGCCGUCUGUCCGUCCAUCCGCACCAGCAGCUGUCCCCCGGUGUCCCCAGCCAGCGCAGAGGAGGCCGCAGGCAACGGCACCCGCACCCCGGCCACGCUCCCAGAGCUCCGGGGGGCUUCCCACGAGCCGCUCACACGUUCCUCGUGCCGUGCGGGCGCCUCGCACGUGUGCAGCGUGGAAAGCACAGGUACGGGGGCAGAGGGGAGGCUCCCGGGGUGCUGGAGCGGAGGGCUGUCCCGGCUGGACCCGAGGCCGGUUCUCGGUGCCCUUGGCACGGGUCCCGCUGCUGCCUCACCCCCGGCGGCAGCAGCCGAACCCCCGCUCCCUCCCGCCACCGUCACUGCCAGCCCUUCGUCCCCCGUGCCGGGCAUCCCUGGGGCUGCAUCCCCCGUGCCGGUCUCUCCCGGGGCUGGGCAUCGCCCCCGGGGCUGCUGUCUCCCACAGCCGGGAAUCCCCGGUGCCGGGCAUCGCCCCCGAGACGGUGCUGGGCUCUCCCCAGUGCCGAUCAUCCCCACCCCCGCCGGUGCCAGUCCCCCCCCGGUGCCGGCCCCGCCCCGGCGAUGGCGGCGCUGCUGCGGAGGAGGCUGCGGGCGCUCGUGUCCGUGGCGCCUCAUCGGGCGCUGA